GAAUUCAUCACCAAUGGCUUCUACUCGAACCCUACUCAGUAGAAAAUCUUUCGCAGGGUUGAAAUCUCAGAAUCUGAGAUCUGGGUUUUGUAGGGAGUUUCAAACAUUCUCGCUUCCUGAUCUUCCAUAUGAUUAUAGUGCACUUGAACCAGUCAUCAGUGGAGAAAUCAUGCAACUUCAUCACCAAAAACAUCAUCAAACUUAUAUAACUAAUUACAAUAAGGCUCUUGAGCAAUUACAUGAAGCCAUGGAGAAAGGAGAUUCUCAGACUGUUGUUAAACUGCAGAGCUCAAUCAAAUUCAAUGGUGGUGGUCACAUCAACCAUUCUAUUUUCUGGAAAAAUCUUAUUCCUGUCAAUGAAGGGGGUGGUGAGCCUCCAAUUGGGGCACUUGGCGAGGCUAUAGACGCUAAUUUUGGUUCUUUGGAAGGAUUAGCGAGGAAAAUCAAUACUGAAGGUGCUGCACUACAAGGGUCUGGCUGGGUGUGGCUAGGUUUGGAUAAAGAGAUGAAGAGGCUUGUGGUUCAGACCACAGAAAAUCAGGAUCCACUGGUUACUAAAGGUGCAACAUUGGUACCUUUGCUAGGAGUCGAUGUUUGGGAGCACGCUUACUAUUUACAGUACAAAAAUGUGAAACCAGACUAUCUGAAGAACAUAUGGAAGGUUAUGAACUGGAAAUAUGCUAGUGAAAUGUAUGAGAAAGAAUGUUCUUAAGCAAGGCAAUAAACUACAUGGUUACGACGAGGUCUCCAUGAUAAAAUCGAGGAUACAAACAGUAGAAGAAUAAUGUGUUGUGGGAUAUAUUAGGAGCAAACUUACUUUUGUAAGUAAAUAAA